AUGAAGAUCAAGGAGGAGAGAUUGAGCGAUACCUUGCCCUCCCCACCAUUAAAAUGGUGGAAAGAGAACGAAAGACUAUUCCCUGGACUUGCUGCUAUGGCCCGGAAUAUACUUUGUAUUCCUGCUUCAGAAGCUCUUGUUGAGCAAGUCUUUAGUACUGCCCGCGCUGUCUAUAUCAUUGAUUCAACUUAUAUGAAUGAUGAGGAAAUAUUGUUUGAGUAUCAUGCUCUAAUUGACAAUAUCCAAGAGAAGAUGACGCUACAGUAUAUUCCAGACCGAAGCCCAAGGCAGCCAAAUACCUAUGAUAGGACAAAGCGGAACCAGGACCGGUUUGAUUUUAUUCAAUCGCGACGAGGCCGUCCAUUACAAAUGGUACAGCAAUCACAGUCCUACCGCCAAGGGCAACGCCGCCAAAUGUAG